AUGUCGACUCCUUCGCUCGCUCCUUUCAUCAACAAGCGCCCCUGGCUCCAGCGCUGGAUGAAGCCGCUUUCCGAGUGGUACAUGGACAACGCCGGUUACCGCAAGCUGGGUCUGCGUGCCGACGACUUGAUCCCCGAGGAGAGCCCCGAGAUGCAGCUCGCCCUCAAGCGUCUCUCGCCCAAGGAGGCCUACGACCGUGUCUUCCGCAUGCGCCGAGCAUUCCAGUGCUCGCUAGCACACCAGCUGCUCCCCAAGAGCGAGUGGACCAAGCCUGAGCAGGACACCCCAUACCUCUCGCCCAUCAUCAAGGAGAUCGAGGCCGAGCGCACUGAGCGCGAGGACCUGGAGUCGAUGCAGAUCACCAAGCCCAAGUCGAAGUAAAUGCAGAGCCCGCCAUCCUAGG